AUGAACAAAGCUGUAGACAUCUGGAAUGACCUCAGAAGGCGAUUUGCUCAGCGUGAUCCACAUCGGAUCUCACGACUACAGUACGACAUCUACGCCUUGAAGCAAGGUAACCUAUCGAUUAAUGAUUACUACACAAAAUGCAAGUCUCUGUGGGAAGAAAUGAGUGCUCUCAGGCCUUUACCUAUCUGCAAAUGUGAGCCAUGUUGCUCUUGUAAUUUAAUGGAUGAAAUCAGAAAGGAUCAGGAAAUUGAUCAGAUAAUUAGGUUCCUAGAGGGGUUGAAUGAAGACUAUAACUCUUUGAAAUCAGGAAUCCUUGUGCUUGAUCCUCUACCUGACAUACACAAGGUGUAUGUCAUGGCAGAAAAACAUGAAAGACAGCUGAAUAUUGCCAAUUUGAGCAUUGGAGGUCUGGAAAUAAGCCAUGCUAAUGCUGCUAAGACCAGUACAGACACCGUAGAGGAGCUGAGCCAAAUCAAUGCCAAUGCGGUCAACUACUCUAAUGGCAAGAGGUAUAUGAACACAACAGGAAGCAGUAAGAACAUUGCUAAAUGCACUUUCUGUGGUAUGACUGGACAUACAAUUGAGAAAUGCUACAAGAAACACGGUUAUCCACCGGGGUGGAUACCAGGUUUCAAAUCCAAAGGCAAACAACAGCUAGGAGCAGCUACCACAAACACUGAGCAGAUUCAGAACUUAAUAACUCUCCUCCAGAGUCAAAUCACGUAG